AUUAAAUCGAACAAAACAAAACAAAACAAAUAGUUGUAAAAGUCAUUUGAUUAACUUAUCGAGAAAGAAAUACUUUUAAAUAUGGCAACUCAACAUCAAAAUCCUGCCUUCAUUGGUGAUGACGGAGAAACACCCAAUGACACAAAUACUCAAACAACACCCGCAAUUAAAGUUAAACCUGCAAAAGAACGUGAUACCUGGGGAAAAGGUAUUGAAUUUUUGCUCUCCUGCAUCGCAAUGUCAGUUGGAUUGGGUAACGUUUGGCGUUUUCCCUUCACUGCCUUGGAAAAUGGUGGAGGUGCUUUUCUCAUACCUUAUUUGAUAGUUCUCUUUCUGAUUGGCAAGCCCAUCUACUAUUUGGAAAUGAUAAUCGGUCAAUUCUCCAGUCGUGGCUCAGUGAAAGUGUAUGACUUUUGUCCAGCGAUGCGAGGCAUUGGGAUUGGUCAAGUAUAUAUGGUGAGUUUACUGUUCACGUAUUACACUUCGAUAGUAGCUUUAGUUGCUUACUAUUUGGUGGUAUCAUUUUGGGAUCCACUGCCGUGGGCAAACUGCAGGCUGGAGUGGGGUGAAAACUGCAUUGAUGCUUCGCCCAAAGCUUGGCUGUUGCGGUAUUUAAAAAUGAAUAACUUCUCUAUGAGUAAUUUUAAUUUAACAAGAACGGAACGGACACGCAUGAUAUCAAGUUCGGAGUUCUAUUUUGUCAAAGAAGUUUUACGCGAGAAAGAUAGUAUUAAUGAUGGCAUUGGCUUGCCGAAUUGGGAACUUGUAUUAGGACUAAUCAUUGCAUGGAUUUGCAUAUAUUUGGUUAUUAUACGUGGAGUUAAAAGUUCUGGAAAAGCCUCGUAUUUCUUGGCCAUUUUUCCUUAUGUGAUUAUGGGUAUUUUGUUAAUUCGUGCAGUAACGCUACCUGGUUCUAUCGAUGGCAUUAUAUAUUUCAUUAAACCCAAUUGGGGUAAAAUUUUAGAUCCCAAGGUUUGGUACGCAGCUGUAACUCAGUGCUUCUAUUCGCUGUCUGUUUGCUUUGGCAAUAUCAUAAUGUAUGCCUCCUACAAUAAAUUUACCCACAAUGUACAUCGAGACGCUAUUAUUGUCACAUCAUUAGACACGUGUACUUCGUUGCUGUCAGGUUUUACGAUUUUUGGAAUACUUGGCAACUUAGCUCAUGAGAUUGGUACUACUGAUAUCGGAAGUGUUGUGAAGGGUGGCACAGGACUGGCCUUUAUUUCGUAUCCUGAUGCGAUUUCGAAGUUCAAAAACGUUCCCCAAAUAUUUGCAGUAUUGUUCUUUUUGAUGUUAUUUAUUUUGGGUAUUGGAUCCAUUAUUGCUAUGACUUCCUGUACAGUCACGUCGAUACGAGACCAUUUUCCAAAAAUUAAACAAUGGCAAUGUGCAUUGGGUAUUGCAAUUAUUAGUUUUAUAAUUGGUUUAGCCUAUGUGACUCCAGGUGGCCAAUUCAUUCUGACACUUGUGGACUAUUUUGGGGCUUCUAUGGUUGCUUUAGUUUUAGGUAUCAUUGAACUCUAUGUUUUAGGUUGGGUCUAUGGUGUUGACCGCUUAUGUAAAGAUGCUGAAUUUAUGAUGAAUCGAAAAAUCGGACUGUAUUGGCGUAUAUGUUGGGCUGUCGUGACUCCUUUGAUUAUGACGAUGAUAUUAAUUUACUUUUAUGCCACAUAUACUCAGUUGACUUACAAUGAUGUGCCAUAUCCUACUUGGGCGUACGCACUUGGUUGGACCAUCACCUCGUUGGGUGUGCUUCAGGUACCAAUAUGGAUGUGUGUUGCAAUAAUUCGUGAUCCUGGCACAACUUUAGCAGAAAAAAUUCGUGGAGCUUUUAGUCCAAAGCCAAACUGGGGUCCAUCUGAUCCUUUACUACGAGAACAGUAUAAGAAGGAACGAGACAAUGAUUCCUUUAUAACCAAGGAUUCAAGUAUUUACGGUACGAUAAAGAAAAACAUAUGUGGCUAAGUCAUACACUUCCACAAAUCGAAUAUUUAACUGAAUCGACGUUAAAGGAAUACUUGCCAAAAGCUAAAAAUGCACUUCAUUUCUUAGUUGAUAUGUACGUUUACUUGUAUAAAAUAUAGUCUUAAGUUUGUAAUUGUAAAAGAUUAAAGUAUUUAAUAAAAAUCAGGUAUUAAUUUGUA